AUGGAGCAUUCAUCGCCAACUUCGUCCCGCCCAAACCCCAAUCCUGCUCAACUCCUAUGGAGUUACGAGCGCCUGCGAACCAACAGAGCUCUUACUACCGCGCUCGUUGACGCCAAAGGCACCUACGAUGAAUCUGUCGAGUUAGUGAACUGCCUAUCGAAAUCUUUACAAGAAUGUAUCAUCAUAAUAUCAGCCAUCACCACAUUCAACAACCAAGCAUCAAACCCUCCUGCCUCUCAAGACUACCAAAUUGUCCUAAAACGUCUAUCAAAACGCGCACUCGAAUCACUGAGAGCGUACGCCACCUUACCAGCCUACAGAAGCAAAACCCUCAGCCAAUGUGUCGCUGAACUCGAGUGUCUCUGCAAUGACCCCGAUGUAAGACCAAGCAGCCCCGAGCCAACAGAUACCGAAAUCAACGAAAUUAUCGCGGAAUCCAUGUGGACACCUAAACCUACUAUCACUCUAACAUCCAGUGAACGAGACACCCCCGUCAAGUCUGAAUCAGAAUCCACAUCCGAAUUAGCUGGACAGCCAGUCACAGAGUAUUUCCCACUCAUGAAGCAAGGGGACCACUCCCUCGAGAAAUACUUUGAGGCAGUGAGAAAAAUUUACAUAUCGCACUGUAAACAGGUCGAAUCCAAUCGCUUGCUUCCUCAUUUUAUCCAGUCCUUUAUCUAUGGGUUAAAUGAGAAGAUCUAUCGUCGUCGAAUUAUUCAUGCGCUGAGGAAGGAAGGCUGGACCUGGGCUCCGUUCGAGAACAUGGUUGAGUUUAUUAUUUUGGAGGAGGAAUACUUUAAACACCAGGAUCAUGCGGUUCAGCAUCGGAUGGAGGAUGGGUCUGUCAUUCUGCCUGAUGGGAGUAGGCUGGAUCAGUUCAUUGAACUUCUGCCUAUUACGGAGCAGGAUUUGACUGAGUCUGAGAAAGAGGAUGAGUCUAUGGAAGAGGAAGAGGAGUCGUGA